AUGUCCAUUCUUUCCAACACACCUCAGUGCAUUCCAUUUGAAAAUCGUGUUCAACUAUUUCGUAAUUUUAUCCGAAUUGAUCGAUCCCAGUACUGCGACGAGUCGCGAGGGAUUUCCAUCAAGGUUUUUCGACAGCGCCUGUUGGAAGAUGGAUUUAGCCAGCUUAGAAAGUUUACUUGUUCACAACUCAAGCAAACUGUACGAGUAAAAUUUGUCGAUCAGUUUGGAUCAGAAGAAAUAGGAAUUGAUCAGAAUGGUAUAUUCAAGGAGUUUAUGGAGGAUAUUUGCAAGCAGGCAUUUUCUACAGAAUUUGGACUUUUUAAAACGACUUUGGAUGGAAAUGUAACCCCGUUUUUGAACUCCGUUGUCCAUGAUGAGCACCUACAGCUGUUUGAAUUUAUUGGUCGGAUGAUGGGCAAAGCACUGUAUGAGGGAAUUGUAAUCGACAUUCCCUUUGCGCUGUAUAUUUACGCCAAGCUUCUUGGUCGAUACAACUAUAUGGAUGACCUUCCAUCACUUGACCCAGAGCUGUAUCGAAGCCUUACAUUUAUUAAAGAUUACGAGGGUGAUUGUAGCGAUCUUGGACUGGACUUUACAAUUUCGCAAGACAUUUUUGGACAUGUUACCAAUGUAGAAAUCAAACCUGGAGGAGCGCAUAUUCCAUUGACAAACGACAACGUAUUUGAGUAUAUCCACUUGAUGGCCGACUUUCGUCUCAAUCAAGAAUGCAAGGAUCAGUUUCAAGCAUUUAUUUGUGGGUUUCGAUCUAUUAUCCAAGACCAAUGGCUACAUAUAUUUUCACCCAUGGAAUUGCAAUGGCUCAUGUCGGGAGAGAAUUCCAAACUUGAUAUCAAGGAUCUUCGUAUGCAUACCCGAUACGAAGGAGGAUAUUUUGAUCUCCAUCGGACCAUUCGAAACUUCUGGGCUGUAUUAGGCGAGUUUACGCCAAAAGACCAAUCAGCAUUUCUAAAAUAUGUUACAAGCUGCUCCAAGGUAAGAUUUUUUAUAGAAGGAAUUUCCGAGACCAAGAUGAUUAAAUCUACAUUUUGGAAUGCAGAUCGACUGCCCACUGCCCGCACAUGCUUCAACCUGUUAAAGUUGCCAUCAUACAGCAAAAAGAGUACACUUUACAAGAAACUAUUGUAUGCCAUUCAGUAUGGAGCAGGAUUUGAUUUAUCGUGA